AUGAAUUCGAAUACCGAAGAAAAGACGCACGAACUGGCCAGGGGAAACGAAUCAGCCGAAAUCUCCUCUGUUGUCGAAUCACCCCGUACUUCACCAACUGAGGGUUCCGCUGUUGGUGCUGGCAAUCAAGGCGUCAAACCCGAACAGACCACGACUUUUCCUGCUCAGGGGGACAAGGCUCCCCAAGUCAAUCCUAAGGACCCUUUCUCUCUCCUUGGAUACAAGCGAGAAAAUGACGCCCUUGACAAGACAACCAGUCGGCUAUCCAAAAAAGGGAAACGAAAGGUGAAGAAAUAUUACAGUCGACAAAAUGCUCUCAUCGACGCCUACGUGGGUAGCACGGACGAGGAAGCUCUCGAGAUCCAAGACAACCUCAAGAAUGGAGGCAAGGUCCGCUUCGCCGUCAAUGCUAGCUUUGUCUGCAACUUUUGCCUGUUCGUCAUUCAGCUCUAUGCAGCAGUCUCCACUGGCUCGUUGUCUCUUUUCGCCACGGCGGCGGAUGCAUUUAUGGACCUCGUCAGUUCCGUCGUGAUGCUAAUAACAUCGCGCAUGGCUUCAAGGCCUAAACAGCCCAAAUUCCCUGUCGGAAGAAAGCGAGUCGAGACCGUUGGCAUCAUCUUGUUCUGCGCCCUAAUGACCACCGUCGCCGUACAAUUAAUCAUUGAAUCUGGCCGUUCAUUAGGCAACGGCACCCCAGACAACGAGCAGUUAGAAAUCAUUCCCAUCGCCUUCGUAUCGACGGCCAUUUUCUCAAAGGGAUGCUUGUUCGUCUACUGCUUCAUCCUCCGACGAUAUCCGGCAGCACGCAUCUUCAUGAUCGACCACCGCAACGACAUCGCCGUGAACUUGUUUGGACUGAUCAUGUCGAUCGUCGGCAGCCGCUUUGAAAAAGUGUGGUACCUCGAUCCCGUCGGCGCCAUCUGCAUUGCAGCGCUGAUCUUGUACUCGUGGACGUCCACUGCGUUCGAACACAUGUGGUAUCUCGUCGGGAAGAGUGCGCCACAAGACUUCUUGAAUAAGAUUGUAUAUGUGUCCAUUACUCAUGACGACAGAAUUCAGAAGAUUGAUACAGUCCGCGCCUACCACGCCGGCGAUAAAUUCUACGCCGAAGUCGACAUCAUCAUGUCCGAAGACGAGUCAUUGAAAGUCACGCAUGAUGUCUCCCAAUCCCUGCAGCGCAAACUCGAAGGGCUCGCCGACGUGGAACGGGCCUUCGUCCACGUCGACUACGACGACUUGCACGACGUGCAUGAGGAACACAAGGCGUUGUAUAAGAAAAGCGACAAGAUGAUUGAGCGAAUUGAUGAGACUCCCGUAGAGGAGCAGGUGGUGAAGAAGGGCUUUUUUGCUCGGAUCUUCAAGAGCAAGAAGCGAUAG